AUGUGGUCCAGUUUUGUGGGCAAUGUCAGUCGCUUCCUCUUUGAGGAUCGAAACACUUGCUUUGAUAUCCUUGCUCUAAGCUACAACCAGUUGCCGCGUGAAUUGAAAUUAUGUUUUUUAUAUGUUGGAGUCUUCCCCGAAGAUUUUGAAAUCCCAGUCAGGCAUUUAACUCAACUCUGGAUUGCCGAGGGAUUUAUACCUGUUCGAAAUGGCAUCAACAGAAAGCUGGAGGAAGAUAUGGGUAUUGCAGAGUUGUACCUGGCGGAGCUGAUCGAUCGAAGUCUGAUCCAAAUAGCAAGAAGAAGAAGUGAUGGAGGAGUGAAGACGUGUCGUAUCCAUGACCUGAUAAGAGACUUUUGUAUAAAUGUGAGCAUGGAGGAGAAACUUUUUGAGGUUCAUGCGGAUGCUGAUCUUCUUUCAUCAUCAUGUAAUAAUAACACCAUCAAGGCUCGAAGACUUUCCUUUCAAGGUAACAUUUCUCAUAGCACUUCCUCUGCCACCACUUUGGGUUCGUUAUCUAUUCGGUCUGUGUUGUCAUUUCAUGUAAUAGAGGAGUAUAAUUGUAUGAAGUACUUGGAAUGGAUUUUGAAACACUUUAGGUUUAUCCGUGUGUUGUCUCUUGAGAAAUUUCCCAGCGAUAGCUCUAUUAUUCCUAAGGGAAUAGAAAAGCUAAUCUUUCUAAGAUACCUUCGGAUAUCAUCCAGUGAUGAUGUCAGCAUAUUUAUAAAAUCAAUUCCAUCAUCCAUAUGCAAGCUUUUGUAUCUAGAAACAAUUCACAUAAGAGGUAGAGUUGAGAAGCCUUUGCCAAAGAGUAUAUGGAUGAUGAAGCAAUUAAGACAUUUGAAUGUUACUCGUGGAUUGGGAUUGUCGAAUCCUUGGUCUUGGACAACAAAAUUAUUAGGUGAUGAUGAUCACGCUUUAAGCAAUCUUCAAGUGCUUUCCAAUCUAACUGUUAGUCCGACAACUGAGCUUCUCUUUUCAAAGUCUUCAUUAUUCCCAAAUCUAAGGAAACUCCAUUUAAUUUUUGAUCAUCCCAAAUAUUCUGACGCCUCAAAAAUAUUGGCAAGCCUACAGGGUUCUAAUAAUUUCCAGAACCUAAAAACCUUGAAACUGGAAAUUCUCAAAUUUGGGCACGCUUUGGAUUUGUUCCCAUCGGUACUCACCAAGAUAACCUUUAUGGAUUGUCGCUUGGACUCUGACCACGUUAAGAUUCUUGGAAAACUUCCCAACUUAAGGAUCCUAAAGAUCAGUUUUUAUAGACUUCCCGAUAAAUCACGAAUGCUUUCUGUCAUGGCGGGUGAAUUUCCGCAAUUGGAAGCGUUUCAAAUGAUUAAUUGUUUUGGUAUUGAAAGGUGGGAAAUGGAGAUGCAUGCAAUGCCAAACCUUCAGCGUUUGGUAAUCAAGGGAUGUUAUGGUUUAAGAAGUCUGCCACAUCAACUCUGGAGUUUGACUCACCUGCGACUGGUAGAGGUAUCCGGCAGUAUCUCAGAAGAGUUGAACAAGGAGCUCAAGGAAUUAAAGAUGAAGGACGGAUGCAAGCUCAUAAUAUCUUAG